CCCGCGGUUGGUCGGCUGAGGAGUCAGUCGGUCGCUCCGGCGCGCUAUUGGUGGAGGGGGCGGGGAGAGGAGUUGCCCCCGCCUCCACCGGAGGGAGGCCGGAGCCGGUGGAUGAAUGAAGCGGGGAGGUUUGCCUUCAUAGGUCGAGACAAGAUGGUGGACUCCCAGUAUAUUUUGCCCAAUGACGUCGGCAUCUCGCUGCUCGACUGUCGGGACGCCUUCCAGCUGCUCUCGAAGGAGGAGAAGCUGUAUGCCCACUACAUCUCACGUGCCUCCUGGUACGGAGGCCUCAUGGUGCUGCUGCAGACUUCCCCGGAGUCCCCCACCAUCUACGUCCUGCUCCAGAAGCUGUUCAAAGCCCAGCCCCUCAACGAGCUGCAGGAAACGGCCGUGGCGCUGGGCAUGACCUCCGAGGAGUACCAGGCGUUACUCGUGUAUGCUGCUGGAGUUUAUUCCAACAUGGGCAACUACAAAUCCUUCGGAGACACCAAGUUUGUGCCUAACUUGCCACAGGAGAAGCUGAAGGACUUGGUUUGGCGGAGCAGAGCCUUCGAGAAGAACCCGGAAGAGAUGGAGAGGCUCUGGCGGCUGUGCGGAAAUCUCAUGUUCUCGCUCGAAGACAGGCAGAAGCAGCUGGGACUGGGAGCCAAGGGCAUCACCACUUACUUCUCCGGAAACUGUGAGCUGAAAGACGCGGAGCUGGCCCAGAAAUUCCUGGAUAGCAAGCGAAUCAGCGCUUACAACACCCGCCUGUUUAAGACCGUGGGUGAGGACGGGGCUCCUCUCUACGAGGUCAGGCUGGCCUCGGUCAUCAAGGACGACACCCCAUCACAGGGCGAGCCCGACCACAAGUGCGGUGUAUACGAGUUCGAAGGCGCGGCGUUCAAAGUGACCCGGGGCGACUAUUCUCCGCUGAUGAAGAAGGUUGUGGAAAACCUGGAGAAGGCCAAGAGCUACGCCUCCACCCCCAACGUGGAGCAGAUGCUGUGCCACUACACCCGGAGUUUCAGCACGGGGUCCAUCGAAGCUCACAAGGAAGGCUCCAAGCACUGGAUCCGCGAUGAGGGGCCCAUCGUCGAGAGUUACAUCGGGUUCAUUGAAAGUUACCGGGACCCCUAUGGAUCCAGAGGGGAGUUUGAAGGGUUCGUGGCCGUGGUCAACAAGAACAUGAGCGCCAAGUUCUCCCGGCUGGUGUCGUCAGCCGAGCACCUCCUGCCCGAGCUGCCCUGGCCCAAGCAGUUUGAGAAGGACCGCUUCCUGAAGCCCGACUUCACCUCGCUCGACGUGCUGACGUUCGCCGGGAGUGGCAUACCGGCGGGCAUCAACAUCCCAAACUACGACGAAAUCCGGCAGACGGUGGGCUUUAAAAACGUCUCGCUCGGGAACGUGUUGGCAGUGGCCUACUCUACCCAAAAGGAGAAGCUCACCUUCCUGGAAGAGGAGGACAAGGACCUGUACAUUAAGUGGAAAAGCCCCUCCUUUGAGGUGCAGGUUGGCCUCCACGAGCUGCUGGGACACGGCAGUGGGAAGCUCUUCGUCCAGGACGACAAGGGGAAGUUCAACUUCGACAUGGCCUUGGUGAAUCCGGAGACGGGCGAGACGGUUAAAAGCUGGUACAAGCAUGGCGAGACCUGGGACAGCAAGUUCUCCACCAUUGCCUCCACCUACGAGGAAUGCCGAGCCGAGUGUGUUGGCUUGUAUCUGUGCCUCAACCGGGAGAUACUGAAGAUCUUUGGCCACGAGGGAAGCGAUGCUGACGACGUCAUCUACGUGAACUGGCUGACGAUGGUGCGGGCAGGGUUGCUGGGCUUGGAGUUCUACACCCCGGAGAACCAGAAGUGGAGGCAGGCUCACAUGCAGGCCCGCUUCGUCAUCCUCCGGGUGCUGCUGGAAGCUGGCCAGGGCUUCGUCACCAUCCGGCAGACCACCGGGGCCGACGGUAAACCGGACGCCAUCAUCACCCUCGACCGGAGCAAGAUCGCCACCGUCGGCAUGGCGGCUAUCCAGGCUUUCCUGAGGAAGCUGCAGGUGUACAAGACGACGGCGGACGUGGAGGCGGGCAGGGCCCUGUACGCCAGGUACUCGGAGGUGACGGACGCCGAGCCACAGAGGUUCCUCACGCUGCGGGAGACAGUGCUGCUCCGCAAGGAAGCUCGCAAGAUGUUCGUCCAGGCCAACACUCGGAUAGAGGGAGGGGACGUCCAGCUGCAGAACUACGAGUCCUCGGCAGCAGGGCUGAUUCAGUCCUUCGUCGAGCGUUUCGCGGAAGACGGCGAGGAGCUGGAGUCGUGCCUGAGUGAUCUCUGCUGCUCUGAUUCCAAACACUGGGACUCCUGAAACCGGCCGCCCACCCAGCCUCCCGUCUACCUCUUCCCGGGCAAGACGAGUUUCAAAUGACUGUAAAUUCUCCCCCCCCCCCCCCCCCCCCCAGUUUAAUCCUUUUUUUAAAAAAUAAAUUUGAUUUUGUAGGCAGAAUUAGAGCUUCGUACUCCAAAGAUCAGUGCCUACAGGAUUUGUUUGAGUGAAGUGGGUCUGUAACUGAGUUAACGCAGUGUAGGCAGGUGAGAGCCUCUGCCCUUAACGUCUGCGGUUCGGGGUGCACCCUUUCGAGACUUGAAACAGCGGUGCGCGGUCCCGGCCAGAUCGGAGACCGAACCGUGUCCCGGUCAUGGUCCCGCUGAUGCUAAGGACGACCUUUCAAAACAAGAGCAGGACCUGGUGCGAGACCCGAGGUCCCUGACCUAGUCCCCACAGAAACCCGAGGCCCCCCCCCCCCCCCCCCCGACAACCCGUGCUGUCAGCGGCUCCCUCAUGUCCGAGGUACCGGGGUAACCGAGGGCACUGCGGUUAUUGUUCUUAAGGCCCAGGGUAACUCGCUGACCCCCUCCCUCUCCACCCCCCCCCCCCCCCCGCCC